UAAUCGAUGCUGGCAAUGUCGCAAUUAUCCCAGUUCCAGCGAUAUCGGUGCUUGGAGGGGUGUUUUCCCCGGAUAGAAUCACAAGCUUAUCUGUGACUCCUCUUUCUCUCACUACACGGUGGAGAGGAUUACACACGUAAUCCAGCAAAGGUAUUUGCAAUUUGAAGAGAUGUGAAAUGCUAGAGUAUACUGGUAGAGGUAACGGCAACCUUGCUGCUCUCCAUGGUAUUUAAUAUCUUCAAUGGGGAAGCAUUGAAGAGGCGUUCUGUAAUUUGUAUCUCACUUUGCUAUCCGUUGGUCUUUCUGUAGAAUAGCAGGCAAUUGGCUGUGGUGAUACAAUCCGAGCACAAACAAUGGCGUCCAGCGAAAAUGUCAAUUCCCAGAUCCCAAAGAAGCGCAUUUUUCUCAAUGCGUUUGAUAUGAGUACCGUCGGCCAUUUGUCGCCUGGUCAGUGGAAGGAUCCUGAAGACAGGUCUGCCACGAAACGAAGACUCGACUAUUGGAUCAACCUGGCCAAGAUACUGGAGCGUGGAGACAUUAACGCACUCUUCCUUGCGGAUACUUAUGGCGGAUAUGACACCUAUCAGGACUCACUUGAUCCUUGUAUCAGAACAGCUGCGCAAUGGCCUGUUACGGACCCUACCAUUCCCAUUUCGGCCAUGGCAGCCGUCACCAAGAACCUUGCUUUCGGAAUCACAGCAUCAACUUCCUUUGAGCCCCCUUUUCUGCUUGCCAAACGAUUUUCAACGCUCGACCACUUGACAAAUGGAAGGGUGGGCUGGAACAUUGUUACAUCUUGGAAAAAGGCCGCUUUCAAGGCUAUUGGUCUUGAUGAACCAAUUGAACAUGAUCAGCGUUAUGCACAAGCAGAUGAAUACCUGCGAGUUGUUUACAAAUUAUGGCAAGGAUCAUGGGCCGACGAUGCAGUUGUUGCUGAUGAGUCGUCGGAUACCUACACAGACCCUGAGAAAGUUCGAACGAUCAAGCAUGAUGGCCAAUUCUACCAUCUAGAGUCGCGCCACAUCGUUGAUCCCAGCCCGCAGCGAACACCGUUUCUCUUCCAAGCUGGCACAUCUCCAGCCGGCUCGCAGUUUGGUGCUACGCAUGCAGAGGCCAUCUUUGUUACAGGCCACAGCCCUUCUGUACUUGCGCCAAGAGUUGCCAGAAUUCGCCAAUUAGCAUCUGAGGUAGGCCGGGAUCCCAGUUCAAUCAAGUUCUUCGCAACCUUUACUCCAAUCCUUGGUCGGACCGAAGAGGAGGCCCAAGAACGUUUUGAGCGGGCAAAGAAAUAUGCCUCUAUCACGGGCGGACUGGUCCUGUUCUCCGGAUGGACCGGUAUCGAUAUUUCUAAAGUCCCUCUGGAUGAAGAGAUUGACCCAGUCAAACACUCGCUCGAAGUCCACAAAGUUCGCUCCACUGUUGAGACCCUCACGGCGCGGACCGUAGAGGUCCCAAGUCUAACGCCUCGAACCAUUGCAAGUAUCGCGGCGAUAGGAGGUCUCGGCCCUGUCGCAGUGGGCACACCAGAGAAGGUUUCCGAUCAAUUGGAGCGCUGGGUCAACGAAGCGGGCAUUGAUGGUUUCAAUCUGGGUUAUGUUACGACACCCGGCACCUUUGAACAGGUUGUAGAUCUGCUUAUCCCUGAGCUCCGGAGGAGGGGACUGUACCCGGAGAAAUCAUCAGAAGGUGCUGCUCCCUUAACUGCUCGAGAAAAAAUCUACGGAGAAGGUCAAAACCAACUCCGAGACGAUCAUCCUGGAAGCAAGUACAAGUACGAUGUUUAUCAGGAGGAAGCUUCAGCCAAUUAG